UGGUCUCUCACCCCUGCACCCGGCUUCCACCAUGACGGUGAUGUCUGGGGAGAACGUGGACGAGGCGUCGGCCACCCCAGGCCACCCCCAGGAUGGCAGCUACCCCCGGCCGACCGACCACGACGACCACGAGUGCUGCGAACGCGUGGUGAUCAACAUCUCCGGGCUGCGCUUCGAGACGCAGCUCAAGACCCUGGCACAGUUCCCCAACACGCUGCUGGGCAACCCUAAGAAACGCAUGCGCUACUUCGACCCCCUGCGGAACGAGUACUUCUUCGACCGCAACCGGCCCAGCUUCGACGCCAUCCUCUACUACUACCAGUCCGGGGGCCGGCUGCGGAGGCCGGUCAACGUGCCCCUGGACAUGUUCUCCGAGGAGAUCAAAUUUUACGAGCUGGGCGAGGAGGCCAUGGAGAAGUUCCGGGAGGACGAGGGCUUCAUCAAGGAGGAGGAGCGCCCCCUGCCAGAGAAGGAAUACCAGCGCCAGGUGUGGCUGCUCUUCGAGUACCCCGAGAGCUCCGGGCCCGCCCGAGUCAUCGCCAUCGUCUCGGUGAUGGUCAUCCUCAUCUCCAUCGUCAUCUUUUGCCUGGAGACUCUACCUGAGCUGAAGGACGACAAGGACUUCACAGGUACCGUCCACCGCAUCGACAACACCACGGUCAUCUACACUUCCAACAUCUUCACGGACCCCUUCUUCAUCGUGGAAACCCUGUGCAUCAUCUGGUUCUCCUUUGAGCUGGUGGUGCGCUUCUUUGCCUGCCCCAGCAAGGCGGACUUCUUCAAAAACAUCAUGAACUUCAUCGACAUCGUGGCCAUCAUCCCCUAUUUCAUCACGCUGGGCACCGAGAUAGCUGAGCAGGAGGGGAACCAGAAGGGCGAGCAGGCCACUUCGCUGGCCAUCCUCAGGGUCAUCCGGUUGGUAAGGGUUUUUAGAAUCUUCAAACUGUCCCGCCACUCUAAGGGCCUCCAGAUCCUGGGCCAGACCCUCAAAGCUAGUAUGAGAGAGUUAGGGCUGCUCAUCUUUUUCCUCUUCAUUGGGGUCAUCCUGUUUUCUAGUGCAGUGUACUUUGCCGAGGCGGAAGAAGCUGAGUCGCACUUCUCCAGUAUCCCCGAUGCUUUCUGGUGGGCGGUGGUGUCCAUGACCACUGUAGGAUACGGUGACAUGUACCCUGUGACAAUUGGAGGCAAGAUCGUGGGCUCCUUGUGUGCCAUCGCUGGUGUGCUGACAAUUGCCCUGCCCGUACCUGUCAUUGUGUCCAAUUUCAACUAUUUCUACCACCGAGAAACUGAGGGGGAAGAGCAGGCUCAGUUGCUCCACGUUAGCUCCCCUAAUUUAGCCUCUGACAGUGACCUCAGUCGGCGCAGUUCCUCUACUCUCAGCAAAUCUGAGUAUAUGGAGAUCGAAGAGGAUAUGAAUAAUAGCAUUGCCCAUUACAGACAGACCAGUAUCAGAACUGGGAACUGCACAGCAGCUAACCAAAACUGUGUUAAUAAGAGCAAGCUACUGACCGAUGUUUAAAAAGCCAAGCAAACAAAAAAGCCCCACUUAGCAGCUU